AUGGAGUUGGCCAAUGGGACUGGCGUCCACCAGUUCAUUUUGCUGGGAUUUCAGAUUGGGCAGCAGAAGCGGUUCCUGCUCCUUAUUUUUUUUGCUAUCCUCUACAUCCUCACUUUGGCUGAGAACAUCACCAUUAUUGCACUCGUGCAUCUAGAUGUCCAUUUGGCCCGGUUGCCCAUGUACAUCCUGCUGAGCAACUUUUCCUGGCUAGAGAUGUGCUAUGUGUCCGCAACUGUGCCCCGGAUGCUCUUUGAUCUUGCAUUUCCUCAAGGGAUCAUUUCCUUCCAUUCCUGUUUCAUCCAGUUCUAUAUCUUCUUCUCGCUCGGCGACACUGAAUGCUUCUUCCUCUCAGCCAUGGCCUUGGAUCGGUACCUGGCCAUCUGCCACCCACUGCGCUACCCACAGCUGAUGUCCCAACGUUCCUGCUACACCCUGGUGGUUACUUGUUGGGCCCUUGGCUUCCUCUGGCAUGUUGUUCCAGUGGUUUUGAUCUCCAGUUUAUCCUUUUGUGGCUCCAACAUUAUUGACCACUUUUUGUGUGAUCCUGGGCCAAUUCUGUCCCUGGCUUGUUCUCCACUAGAAGACAACACUCCUGUUGCCUACCAGUUUUCCAUGGAUUCCCUGGUUAUAUUAGGCAACCUAUUCUUUGUUGUGCUCUCCUAUGGCAUUGUGAUUCUCACCCUGAUGAAAACCUCUAGUCAAACCAAUCGUAGGAAGGCUUUCUCCACCAUAUCUUUCCAUCUUAUGGUGGUGACACUUUUCUAUGGCUCGGUAGCAGGAAUGUAUGUAGCUCCAGGGGAUGAAGGUCAAUCACACAUUAUUAAAGUAGUAACACUCUUCUACACAGCCAUCACACCCUUUCUCAACCCACUAAUCUACUGUCUGAGGAACGAGCAAGUGAAGGAGGCUGUGGGUAGGUUACAUAAGAGAAACCUGACAUGGCUGAAGAGAAAGGAGACUUCCUAG